GGGCUGGCGCGGGCGCACUUCGAAAAGCAGCCGCCUUCCAACCUCCGGAAAUCCAAUUUCUUCCACUUCGUGCUGGCGCUCUACGACAGGCAGGGGCAGCCGGUGGAGAUAGAAAGGACCGCUUUCGUGGACUUUGUGGAGAAAGAGAAAGAGCCAAACAACGAGAAAACCAACAACGGCAUCCACUAUAAGCUGCAGCUACUGUACAGUAACGGCGUCAGAACAGAACAGGACUUGUACGUCCGCCUCAUAGAUUCAAUGACCAAACAGGCCAUCGUCUAUGAGGGCCAGGACAAGAACCCGGAGAUGUGCCGCGUCCUGCUGACCCACGAGAUCAUGUGCAGCCGGUGCUGUGACAAGAAAAGCUGUGGCAAUAGAAACGAGACGCCCUCAGAUCCUGUGAUCAUUGACAGAUUCUUUCUAAAGUUCUUCCUCAAGUGCAAUCAGAACUGUUUGAAGAAUGCAGGCAACCCUCGGGACAUGCGGAGAUUCCAGGUUGUUGUAUCGACAACAGUCAACGUGGACGGCCACGUGCUGGCUGUGUCUGACAACAUGUUUGUGCACAACAAUUCCAAACACGGGAGGCGGGCCCGCCGCCUAGACCCGUCAGAAGCCACUCCGUGCAUCAAGGCCAUCAGUCCUAGUGAAGGCUGGACCACGGGGGGCGCCACCGUCAUCAUAAUCGGAGACAACUUCUUUGACGGCUUACAAGUUGUGUUUGGAACUAUGUUGGUGUGGAGUGAGCUGAUAACCCCCCACGCCAUCCGAGUACAGACCCCACCGCGGCACAUCCCUGGAGUUGUUGAAGUUACCCUGUCCUACAAAUCCAAGCAGUUCUGCAAAGGCGCUCCUGGGCGCUUCGUCUACACUGCCCUUAAUGAGCCCACCAUAGAUUAUGGCUUCCAGAGGUUGCAGAAAGUGAUCCCCAGACAUCCAGGCGAUCCUGAAAGGUUACCCAAGGAAGUGUUACUGAAGAGGGCAGCCGACCUUGUAGAAGCCUUGUAUGGGAUGCCUCACAACAACCAGGAGAUCAUCCUGAAACGAGCAGCUGACAUCGCCGAGGCAUUGUACAGCGUCCCCCGCAAUCACAACCAGAUCCCUACCCUGGGCAACACUCCAGCGCAUACCGGCAUGAUGGGUGUGAACUCUUUCAGCAGCCAGCUAGCCGUGAAUGUGUCAGAGACCUCACAAGCCAAUGACCAAGUCGGCUACAGUCGCAAUACAAGCAGCGUGUCCCCGCGAGGCUACGUCCCCAGCAGUACUCCCCAGCAGUCCAAUUACAACACAGUCAGCACUAGCAUGAAUGGAUAUGGAAGUGGCGCCAUGGCCAAUCUAGGGGUCCCUGGCUCGCCUGGAUUUCUUAAUGGCUCCUCCGCUAACUCUCCCUACGGCAUAGUGCCGUCCAGCCCCACCGUGGCAGCCUCUUCGGUCACCCUCCCUUCAAAUUGUAGCAGCACGCACGGCAUUUUCUCAUUCUCACCUGCCAAUGUCAUCUCCGCAGUGAAACAGAAGAGCGCCUUUGCGCCCGUGGUCCGGCCCCAAGCCUCGCCUCCUCCUUCCUGCACCAGCGCCAACGGGAACGGACUGCAAGCUAUGUCUGGGCUGGUAGUCCCGCCCAUGUGAGGGACUCUGUUUACCUUGGCAGCAUCCAACAUCCAAGGACGGACUUCAGGGGACACGUAUAGUAUGUUGAGACAUGCUGGUGGAAAGGCUAUCUUAAGAAAUCAGCAGCAGUUGAAUGCUACAAAAGACGUUUAAAGAUUUUAUUUAAACUAUUAAGAAUCAACAUGCGAACAAACCUCCUUCAUGAACAAUUCCAUUUUAUUGACUGAACUUUUCUCACAUUUCCCAGUCCUGAAGAAAAAGGAAAAACAAAGCGACGCCUAUUUUGUAUAAAGUUUCUGACUCCGUCUUGGCUGUCUAGUGCUAUCUGUGUGGGGAGAAACUUCGUGAAUGCACCAUGUUGAUGCCCAUGAAACACUAAGGGAAAACGCCUCGAAACAUUUUUCUGUACCCAUAUUUAGAUUCACAAUGGUUGUGUAUCUCUAUAAUGUGAAAUAUUUUUUUGUGGUGAAAAGAAGGGGGCCAAGGAGGUAUGAGCCAUUAACUGGAACAGAG